AUGAUUUAUGUUUUUUCUUUGAUAUUAAAUUCUCAAACUUAUAAAGCAGAAACACAACCAGAUAGAGGCAAACCCGUCACAUUUAAGUCAGAAGAAUUUAAUCCGCAAUUAGCUCUCAUUCAAAACACAAUUUUUCUCAAUCUUUCCCACAAUGGGCAAGGUGCUGCAAUAGCAUUUUAUCAUGAAAAAUGCAAUGCGUGUAUUUCAAGUUGUUUUUUCGAAAAAUGCAAAUCUAUGUUAAAUGGUGGUGCAAUUUAUGCCCACGUCUCAAAUAUUUCAAUAUCGAACUCAUAUUUUUCCGAUUGUUUAGUUCCUAAGCAAGGUUAUGGUGGUCAAGCGUUUUAUUUAUCUGCUCGAAGACAAAAUUUAAACUUUACUACAAUAACUAAUUGUCCUGCCAAGGUAGAACUUGAAGGCACAGAAUCUUGCGUUUCCAUUAACGGUGUUCAGCAAUUUUUAUCCUUUAAUUCAAGUUUUAAUCAUCCAUCCCAAUAUGCAGCUGGAAUUCUCACUUUAGAAUCAGCUUACUUCGCAAUGAAAUACUCUAAUUUUAUUAACAAUACCUCGCCUAACCAAAUUCUCUCGUUUUUGAACAUGCAGCCAGAUAAUUUGAUUACUUUCAUUAAUAUUCUGAAAAAUGAAGUUACUGUCGAUGCUCUAUUUUAUAUUUCAUCGUCAAUUAUCGUUUUAGAAAAUUUAAUUAUUUUCCAAAACAAAGGUUCGUUAAUUUGUCAGAAUAUCAUAUUUGAACCCGUAAUAAUCAAAUUUUUAAAUUCAUUUACUGAUUUUAGCAACAUUCCAAUCAAUUAUCCAGGAUUAAAGACUAAAUGCAGUUUGUUGCCCACAAUUAACAUUAGAACAUACCGUAUUCCAUUGAAUGUUAGUAAGCUUUCAGCUGGAAAACGCAAAUACUUUCUCACGGUUUAUUAA